CAAGCACCUGUUGACAGUGACUAAAGAUGGACGCUCAGGGACACCGGACAACUAGAGAUCAGGAGCAAAUUCAAGCUCUGACGCAAGAAAAUUUGAAGCUGUGUGACAAAAAUGAACAACUUUUCACCAAAGUGGGCUACCUGGAGACCAGACUGGGCCACCUAGCCAGCUCUAACACAGACCUGUCCUUCAGACUGGUUCAAAGUGAAGAGAAGAGACUGAAGAUAUCUCAGGAGCUUGUGGAGGAGAAAAUACAGACUAACAAGAUGAGAGAGCAAUAUGAACAGGAGACAUUUGAGCUGAAAAACAAGAUACUGAACCAAGACGCUGUGAUAACAGAGCUUGAAAUAGAGCGAGACAACUUGUUCAGGGAACUGCAGUCAACUGAAGCCCAUCUGAAAGUCAAAGAGAAGAGUGGCCAAGGGUUGACAGAGGAGUGCACUGCGCUGCAGAAGAGCUACCAGGUUCUGGCUGAGGCCCAUGACAAAGAGCUGGCCCAGAGCGAGGAGCUGAGUGCAGAGCUGCUGGCUCUGGCGCAGGCCCAGGACGCCCUCCGCAGGCAGCUGGAGGAGCAGCAGCAGAGUGUGAAGGCCACCACGCGGGGCCUUCAUGGAGAGCUGGACAGGGUGCAGGCCUUGAUCAGCCGCAUGUCACGGAACAGAGUGAAGCCUGAGGAUCUGGCAGCAUUGGACAAGGAGCAAAAAAAUCUGGAAAAAACUCUGCUUGGAAAUCAGGACGAGAUGAAAGAUAUGCUGGACAAAAUGAGGAGCAGCUACGAGGAGCAGCAGAGGAAGCUGGAGGAGAAAGUGGUGGCAAUGGGUAAAGAGCACCAGGAGAACAACAGAACGAUCCGCAUCAGCCAGCAGAAGCUGUCUGAGAGGAGUGCGGCCCUGAUGUGCUGUCAGAGCCAAGUGAAGGAGGUGGAAGAAGAGAACUCGAAGCUGCAGCUGCAGGUCAAAGAGCUGAAUGAGGAAUAUCGUGCAAGGCUGCUUUGUUAUUUACAGGACUUAUCUGAUUACAUUGACGGGCUUGGAGAAAAUAAAAGCCAGUCGGAGCAGAGGAAGGUGAGGACGUUUGUGGACGGCAUGCUGCAGGAUGUUCGUUCGUCCUACAGGGUCAGGGAGGAGCAGCUCGCGUCUGCCGCUCGGACCUACAAAAAGAGACUGCAGAGGAUCACCAAAACACAUCAUGCACUCCUGAUUGCAUACAGGGUUCAAAGAGAGCAGAUUUUGACAAAACCAGAGGCCGAUCUUGACCCUGGACCUCCAGAAGCCCACUUCAGCCUGGAUCCCAGUGAACUGAGGGAUGAAACUGAGAAGGAGCUCCAGGACCUUCGUCGGGACAAGGCGAGGCUGGAAGGUCAGCUGCAGGCGGCCAGGGAGCAGAAAAACACAGGCUGUCAUGAGCCUGCAAAACAGGAGCAGAUAUGUGAGGAAUCCUGGCCAGACAUAAGGAAACAGCUGAGGGAGAUCACAGGCUCUACGCUGGUGGACUUUGAGAAGGAGCGAGCCCUUCUCAUCACCAGGGCGACAGCUGCAGAGGCGCAGGUGUCGGAGUUGCAGGACUAUAUUGACAACCACCUGGGCAGGUAUAAACAGGAGAUCACACAUCUCCGCAGACUGCAGGGGACAGAGGAGGCUGCUCGUUCCCAAAGUGCUCAUUCGUCUUUUCAUUGAAACAGGAACAGUCCCAACAAAUAAUUCAUUUACAUGUAAACUAAAAAUUACUGAAAAGUUUUUGUAAAAUGAAACAAAAGUUAAUAAUAAUAAUCUAA